AGGUCCAAUGCUAUCAUAAGGCUACAAUGACUGAAAUGAAACAUUCUUCUGAGUUCUCAUGUCAUCACCAUGGCAAAUGCAAUGGAGUAAUUUUUCUACUGUUGCUCAGCAAACAGGAUAUUGAUCCAUAAACGUGACGAAAUGUCUCUGUCUCUUUUCUUUAGCGUUGCUACAUUACUGCUGCCUUGUUGAUAAAAUAGCAGUUUAGACAAUGGUGAGAGUUAACACAGCAUAAGGUGUUUGAGCAGACUUGACAGAUUGUCAACUGAGGAGGUGAUCUACCUUGGCAUGACGGCAUGUGUCACCUAUCUCCUGGGGAAAUUUCAUUCAGGGAUCUAGGACUCAAGCCCCUGGGCCAUGGUACAUCAGAGUGCAGCAGCUACAAUAUGAGCGUAACUCCAUCCACCACCCUAGACAGCCAGCUGACCACUACCUGGAGCACUACGAACUCCUACCCUGAUGUUCCAAUGGUGAUGUCUGGUUACACAAGUCGCCUGUGGCCUUGUGACUCCCAGCCUCAGUUCUGGAGUAAGUACCAGGUGUGGGAGUGGCUGCAGCAGGUCAUGGACAUGCACCAGAUGGAUGUCUCCAGCGUUCCCUUCCAAAACUUUGAUAUGGACGGCCAUCAACUCUGCAGCCUGAGCUACCAGGACUUCCUCCGAGCUGCCGGCAGCGUGGGACCCAUUCUAUUCCACAGCAUCACAGAGCUCAAAUGGAGCGGGCAGUACCAUGUGGAAAUAGGGCAACUGGAACUAAAACCAGAAUACUUCUCUUGUCCAUUUCCAGACGUCAGCUAUCCACCUGGAGAAAUCUACGAUCCCUUGAAUCACCCCCUCACCCCUGCCUCCCCCAACCCUUCCAGUCCUGAUAUCAAACGGUCUUUCAGUUGUCAGGUCAAAAAACACAACCCAAGGGGGACCCACUUGUGGGAGUUCAUCAGAGACAUUCUGCUGAACCCAGAGCGAAACCCAGGGCUAAUCAAGUGGGAGGAUCGGACAGAGGGGGUUUUCCGCUUCCUUAAGUCAGAGGCAGUGGCACAGUUAUGGGGCAAGAAGAAGAAUAACAGCAGCAUGACUUAUGAGAAACUAAGCCGUGCAAUGAGAUAUUACUACAAAAGAGAAAUCCUCGAGCGAGUAGACGGACGCAGACUGGUUUACAAGUUUGGAAGGAACGCAAGAGGAUGGAGGGAGUCAGACAAGUGACAAUUUCAUUAAUUUAUUUUCUGUUUUGUCUUUAAUGUUGUAUGCAAAUGUGAUGUUUUAUUGUAGUUUUUUAUUAAGUGUGUUUGAUGUGAACUGUUUACACUAUGUUAAUAUAUUUUGCACUAAGAUGUUCUUUACUGUGCCUUAUUAAAAUAUGUUUGUAUUGUACCAGCAUGUCAGAAGUCAAAUCUCAAACAUGUGUUUUUGUCUAAAGUCCCAAAGGAGCACAUGUCAAUAUGUAGCACUCAAAACACAGGUGAAAAAAACAGAUGUAUGUUUUCAGACUGACACUGUAAAGUGUCCUUUGGGAAGGAGGCUUGACCACUGCAGAAAAGAACUACAUUAGAUAAUAAUACAACAACAUUCCAUAAACGCAAUGCAACGAUUAAGUACAAGAACACAUAAACAAGUGCUGACUGACAUAACAGAAUGGUUUGUCUUAUGUGUUUUUAUUUCAUAUUUUGCAUGUGACAUUUGUUGAUGUUUGAUACAAAUAAAGUCAUUUUUCAGGAUUGCAUGUGUACAAUUUGGGUGUCAUUGUUU